AUGGCAUCGACAACUGGAAUUCCUCAAGAUCACCCAGCAACCAUUGAAGCGCGCGAGGAUGAGCCACUAUUAGGAAGUCCAGGAGAUGUAACACAAAAACCUGAUGAGCGCAUUUACCGAAACCUCUUCACUGCUACCCCGCAACAGAAGCUUACUGGUACCCGCAUCCACUACACGAUUCAACUACUCAGCGUGAUCCUUUUCAUAUCCGCCUUCACCAUCAUUGAGAUCAACAAGGGCUCCCAUCCGCACUUUGUUUCCCCACAUGGUAUAUUAGGUCUGAUCACUAUCAUCACUAUUGCGCUACAAGCCCUAGUCGGUGUGAUCCAGUUCUUUGUACCUGUCACUGUCCUCGGUAGCGUCGACGCAGGAAAGAGGAUCUACAAGUAUCAUCGUUGGAGCGGCUAUGUUUUGUUACUGCUGGAGAUGGCGACUAUCGUGGCGGCGACGCAGACCACGUACAACCUAGCGGCGAUCCAUAUUCCUCUAUGGGGUGUACUUGUUUCUGUUGUUUUGAUUCUCUCUGGCGUGGGAGCGAGGAUCAAAAAGCAUAAGCUGGGUCUAUGA